AUGGCCACCACCUUUUUGAUUUUGCCAAGCCCCGCUCCCCUUUCGACUGCAACCUCUUCGCGCCCGCACCCCGGACGUGAGGAAAUGCGGCACCCUCGACCCUUUUGCUGGAAACGGGGAGAAGCUUCCCCACUUUUACACGAAGCCGGUGCCGCGACGGCAUUUGCCGGAGAGGGGCCGGGAAGCGAGGCGUCUGGGGGCCUGAGGAUCCGGCGAUGGGCUGCGCGCCGCCGGCCGGGGGCGCCCCGGCGUGUUGGACGGUACUGGAGGGAUCCGGACUUCCUAGCCCUCCCCAGGGGCGGGGACGCUCGCCUUCCUCCUCCGCACCCGUGGUUGGGGGGGAGCCCAGCCACCGCCCCGGAACUACCGAGAGUUGAGCAGGAGGAGGCCGGGCCAGCGCGUUCUGGCGGCGAAGAUCGGAAGACGAGGCGGGAGGAGGAGGCGAAGGAGACGGCGAGCGCCCGGACGAGACCUCCUUGGCGCGUCCUCUGGGGACCCCAUCAAGGGCACCUGCUUGCAGAGGUGCGCGCCGGUCCCUUGCAGGAGCCAGGCUGGGGCUGCUCUCUGCAGGGCGCCUUCUUUUCCCGGAGGAGGCGGGCGGCGUGGUUCAUCCGGGCCGCCGUCCCUUUCCACUCUCCCGCGGCGGGUAUGUCUCCACCCCUCGUUUGGGGACGAAGGGAGGCAGCCACAGUUUGGAGGGCAGAGGCUGAAAGCGAAGCAGGGGGGAGGAUCCAUCGUACCCCCGCAGGGAUCGACGGACGUGGGGGAGAACUGGGGGAUCUGCCGGCGGCGGGACGGUGCGCGGGAAGCUUUGCAAAAUCCUGCCAGAUCAGAGUAGCUGCAUGUCGUGUUCAAAGUUCCAGAGAGAGGAAUUUUGACUUUGGGACAAAAAGGGUUAAGCGGCUAAUUACUGGUUUCCGGAGUCAGGGGUGAUUUGGUUCCAUUUCGUAAUUUAUUUCUCCUUAUGAUAUCCGCUCCAAAAAAAGUUAUAUUUCAGGGAUAGCCUGAGAGCUGGGGUAUUUUUUUGGAGCUUGAGCAAGUGCAAAGUGCCUUGUGGUUUUACUUCACCAUCUUUAAAAUGUGGGAAGACAACCUUGCUGUGUUUGGAGGUCCUCUUGUUCAUUGGGGAAGGGCCUUAGCUCAAUGGCAGAGCAUCUGCUUUGCAUGCAGAAGGUUCCAAGCUCAAUCCUUGGCAUCUCAGGUGGGACUGGGAGAGACUGCCUGCCUGAAACUCUGGAGAGCUGCUACCAAUCAGUGUAGACAAUACUAAGCUGGAUGGACCAAGAGUCCAACUCAUUUUUAGGCAGCUCCGUGUUCCUGUUGUGCUCAGUGGAUCCCUGGACAUCUGCCUCGAAGUUCUGCCCUGGGUGUUAUAAACCAGGGGUUGAAAACUUCCUUCAGUCCAAGGGAUGCAUUUCCUUUCAAGCCACCGUUGGUAGGUGGAGCUACAGGCAAAAGUGGGCGGAGCAAUUGAUGUGAAUUUUUGCCUUUGUGAAGUAGGCUAGUAUCUACACCUAUUAACCCACCUGUCUCUAUCCUCCAUCCAGGCAAGCAAGAGCCAUUAUCAGAGUUCAAGGACGCAUUUCAGCCAAGCGCUGGCUCACACACUCAAGGAGGGUGUGAACAAAACCGGUGA